CUUGGAGGGGCAGUACCCUAACCGGCAGCCCAACUACAGCAAUGUAACCCGGGCUGCUCAGGUACUCCAGACCAGCAGCACCAACGGCAGUUGUUCACCCGAAGCGCGCAUGCGCGCAAUGCUGGUGGACACGAGCCUCACAUCCGGGAGCCUCGGGUGGCCCAUGGGUCGCUUGACCAUGGAAGCCCCUACGUCAAGCAACUCCAGUGCAUCAUGGGUGCGCGACUAUUUGAUGGUUGGUGGCGCUGGAGGAGGGGUGGGCAGCAGCGGCACGGUGGUGGCGUCUAUUGAAGGGCUGCAACAGGGUUCGUUGAGUUUCCAACCAUCAAGGCCAUCACCGACGCAGAUACGCGCCGUCUUGCAGACAUCAUC